GCGUUACCAAAAAUCAACUUUUCCCACCUACCUCUUCUUCAUUAUAUUAUCAUUAUCUCUAUUUUCAUCAUGUCAGUCUUUCAAUCAAUCGCUAUUGUAUUUACUGGCCGAAUCUAUAUACGGUAGAAUCGUAGUUAAUAGUGAAAAGCCCCAAAGUAUUUAGGGGAACCCUCACGCGCGCCUCCUACGAUGGAUCUACAGUUAUGAGGCAGUACACAUAGCACCGCAUCAAGUUCACUUCUAUUAAAAAUAUAGACAACCAACUCAUUCAUCAUGAUUCUCGAGCUCUCAGCUUUGCCAGUAUUCUGAAGUCACCUUUGGCGUAAUUUUGAAAUCAAAUAUCUUAUCUGGAGCUUCCCUAGUUCCUUGAUCCAUUUUCUUGCAAGACCAAAGCAGAGUCGUUGCCUCGCUUUCUUCCCACAAACUAUCUCGAUAUACUUGAUCUCUUCUCACAUAUUGCUUACAUUCCACAAUUCAAAGGCCUGCUAUCUACAUCCCUUGAUUUGGCGAUCAAAAAAAAGUCGAAUUCCACCGAGAACGAAGAGCCCAUUGAAAAGAAAGAAAAAGUUUCUAUUAAGCCCAAGGAGCCCAAAGAAAAAGUCCGAAUCGAUCCAGUCCAAUAGAAGUUCAAGGAGAUUGUAGUAUGGGCUAUGUAUGAUGAUAUCGCGGUCGGUGAUCUUGCUCGAUCAAAUCUGAAGGGGUACAACGGAUUGAGCUCUGCGACACAGACUUUGCAAUUACGAGUUGAAGAAUCAAGCAUUCUUUCAAGUCUUGUUUUUCAUCAAAAUGUCGAAAUCUCGAAGAACCCGAGUAUUUCUGGUUUCACUCUGCAUACAUCAAUUCCGAUGACGGCAAUUAGAGACUACAAACUCAGAGUCGCAUUCGUGGAGAAAACGUCCGAAUCAAUGGCUAAGUCUGUACCAAAUGACUGGCAUCACAAAGGCUACGGCAUUGUUACAUUCAAGGCUGAUUAUGUUCAUCUGAGCGCGUUCGAAGAUGAAAUCCCUGUAACUCUGGUUCCAGAUGCUGCAGAAGAGCUCAAGACUUAUGUGAGACGCGUUCAAUCAGCUACCAACGCACCUCCCCACUACUUCGAGUUCAUUGUCAACUCCAAGCAUGCUGAGCACAUGUACUUUCUCAAGCAAACACAUGUUGCGUGGGAGAGAGACAACGAGUCAAAUCCAUAUCAAAAAUGGAUCAUAGACAGUCCUGAACAACAUCAAUUGGGACUUGAAAAUCUGCUUGCUCCUGGUGACCGACCACCGUUCACAAAAGCCGGCUUGAUUCUGUCAACAGCUGAUUUCUGGCAAUCAAAGCUUCAAUACCAGGUGCAUUUGACCUAUGCGCACACUAUCGAGAAUGCAUUCGAGAUGGAAAACGUGGCAGCUUGGCAGAGAGCAAUCCUCCAUGCAUCGAUCACUGAGGUACCCGGCUCUCGCAAUCUCAAAGAUAACGAGAACGGUAAUGACUUGCCGAAGUUAUACGCGUUGACAAUGACAAAUCAGAGCAUGGAAGUUGAUAUUGCAAGCAUUGGUGAGAUAGACAAUAUCACACUUCUAGAUUUUGUCCCACCACCAUGUCCUGAAGCCGACAUUGAAGUUGCUGACAAAUCUGAUGGUGAGGAUACUGAAUCUGAAGAUGACGGUGACGAUCACUUCAAGCCUAGCAGAUCCACCAAACAACAUCGUGCUGACAAUAAAGAGAAGCUUGAAGAAAUGGCAGAAGAGCAAGCAAGAGUAUGGCGUGGACAAGUCGUCUCGGUUUUCGAUGGGUUGGUUGAGAUCGUCAUCACUAGACCUUCCGAUCCUAGAUGGAAAGGUUCAAAGAACCUCAAGCCCCGUGUUAACACUCAAAUCCCAACACACUUUCAUCGUUUCAGAUACAAUUCACGUUACAAGGAAGAACUUGAUGUUGCAGCCAAGCAUCGAGUAAAGACGGUACCACAGCUAUCGUCCAGGGUUUACAAGGACUUGAUCAACGGCAUUCAAGCAUUCUCUACAGUGGAGCACACACCUGAACAAACCAGCAAUACAGACGCCACGCCACCCACGCUACCCUACACUCACUUCUCCCUCUCCCUCUCCCAACUUCCCCCUCAACUCCUCAUCUAGACGAUAUAACUUAUAAGGUACUAACUACCUAGUAGGUCCUUAUAUUUCCUUCGCUGCUCGCACCAAAUCAAAUCAAACCAAACCAAACCUUUCUAAUUUCACUGAAAAUUCACAUUUGCAUAGCUUCCUUCACCUCAGAAUAUCAAAUCCCAAACCCAAACCCAAACCCAAACUCAAAUCAUAUCUCCAUCUCCAUCUCCAUCUC